AUGCGCCUUCGGCUUUAUGAUCUUCUGGGCGUGAAGCCCGAAGCUUCACACGAGGAGAUUCGACGUGCCUACAGGCGCUUAGCCUUGAAGCUGCAUCCCGACAGAGGAGGGGACUCCAAAGCCUUCCAGGAGCUGGCUCAUGCCUAUGAGGUGCUCUCAAAUGAGGAGCGGCGAGCUGCUUACGAUCGAUUUGGAGACGAGGGCCCACUAGACGCUCUGUCGCCCUCACCUCGGAGACAUCCUGCAGAAGACAUUUUCGACAUCCUUGGAUCUCGGGGUGGAGGUGCUUUUGCAGAGUUUGGAUUUGGCCGCUCAAAGCCAACUCAGGUUCAAGUGUCAGUGACCUUGGAGGAGGCAUACUUCGGCACUUCCCGCCGACUUCGGAUCCUCAGGACUGUCUCUUGCAGCAGUUGUCAGGGCCAAGGUGCAUCAGUCCUUUGUACUGCUUGCCAGGGCUCUGGAUUUUCAAUUCAUCGUCGUGCUGGGCCUGGCUUCCUACAGCAGGUACAAGUCACCUGCCCGCAGUGCCGUGGUCGCGGCUUCGUUGGACAGCCAUGUAGCCAGUGUCACGGCAGUGGCACGCGGCAGGACCAAACAUGGGGUAUCAAGUGUAGUUCUGCAAGAGACUGUGGAGUACUUGACAAGUACGUGCAAACCCAAGCUUGUAAAAAGAAAUGA